UGUAAAUAAAUAUAAUUCUUUUAGUGGGGAACUUUGUGUAAGAUUCAACAAAAGGGAAACUCAAGUGUGUCGUGUACCUUGAGUACCACGUCCUCUAUUGUAUAAUUCUGCUGCUUAUGUCAGGAUAUGUUUCUAAGACUACUUAAUUGAUACCAACUGGAAUCUCUUUUUUAUUCAUCCCCAAGAAAACCACAAAUAAGCUAUUUAUCAUUUGGCUCAUCAUUUCAUCUGAUUUUCCAGCUUUUCAUGCCUGGAAGAUAGAAGAAAUGAUACUACUUUCCUUACAGGGUUCUGAGACUAUUAAGUGAACUUGUGCAUAUGAAAUCAUUUUGUACAAUAAAGCACUAAAUAAGGAGUUAUUAAUAUAGAUACUUGUAACCAUAGAGUGCUUUUCAUAAGUAAAAUACAUUACACCUAUAAUUAGGCUACUCAAAGAAAUCCAUGUGCAAAAGUAAUACUAUCUAUCUUUAUUUUCCUUGCUUAGGGUAUCAUGGACAUUGAAGCAUAUUUUGAAAGAAUUGGUUAUAAGAACUCUAGGAAGAACUUGGACUUAAAAACACUAACUGACAUUCUUCAGCACCACAUCCGGGCCAUUCCCUUUGAGAACCUUAACAUACAUUGUGGGGAAGCCAUGGAGUUGGGCUUACAGGCCAUUUUUGAUCAAGUUGUGAGAAAGAACCGGGGUGGGUGGUGUCUCCAGGUCAAUCAACUUCUGUACUGGGCUCUGUGCACAAUUGGUUUUGAGACCAUGAUUUUGGGAGGGUAUGUUUACAUAACUGCAGCUGACAAAUACAGCAGUAACAUGAUUCACCUUGUACUGCAGGUGACCAUUGGUAGCAGGAAGUACAUUGUUGAUGCUGGGUUUGGACGCUCCUACCAGAUGUGGCAGCCUCUGGAGUUAAUUUCUGAGCAGGAUCAGCCUCAGGUGCCUUGCAUCUUCCGCUUGAGAGAAGAGAGUGGCAUCUGGUACCUGGACCAAAUCAGAAGAGAGCAGUACAUUCCAAACAGAGAAUUUCUUAAUUCUGAUCUCCUGGAAAACAAUAAAUACCAAAAAAUGUACUCAUUUACUCUUGAACCUCGAACAAUUGAAGAUUUUCAGGCUAUGAAUACAUACUUGCAGGAAUCUUCAACGUCUGUGCUUACAAGCAAAUCAUUUUGUUCUUUACAGACCACAGAAGGGGUUCACUGUUUAGUGGGCUGGACCUUCACCUCCAGGAUAUUCAAUUAUAAGGACAAUAAAGAUCUGGUAGAGUUUAAGACUCUGGAUGAAGGAGAAAUAGAAGAAGUGCUGGAAAAUAUAUUUAAUAUUUCUCUGGAGAAAAAGCUUGUGCCCAAACAUGGUGAUCGAUCUCUUACCAUUUAAGAUAAGGAGCAAAAUAAACCUCUAUUUAUUACCCAGCUCACCAGUUAUCAAAUGCUGAUCUCUCAUAUUUCCUCUAACCCCCUACAUUAUUUUGAAGAGAAUUCUAGACAUCAAAUCAUUUAUCUCAUAAAAAUGUCAGUAUAUGCAGCUAAGUAGCUUUUUACAGAAACAUAAGUACACACCUCUUGAAAUUAAUAAUAAUAAAGGCAUUUUAAGGCUAAUGGGUGGUAAUCUUGAGAACCAUAGUCACUUAUGCUAGAAAACUUGCAAUAUUGGAUUAUUGCUGAAUUCCUAGAUUGUUAGUGGUGAUAGAUAAAUAGAAUGUUAUGGAAAAACUUAUUGCCUAUAAAGUAUAUUAAACAAUUGUUGGCUAAUACAAUGUGAAUCAGAGUUUUUCUUUGAGAGACAGGAUAUUAUCGGGUUAGGUGAUUGUUCUUCAAUGGAGUCUUCCUCUCAUCCUCUCUGUUGUCCCCUAGUUAUAUUCACUU